AUGAACCUGAAGAAGUAUUUCAUUCGAGCACUGCACCGUCUCCAGAAAGGCCCUGGCUACACCUACAAAGAGCUGCUGGUCUGGUACUGUGAUAACACCAACACGCAUGGCCCCAAACGCAUCAUCAGAGAGGGGCCAAAGAAGAAGUUCAUCUGGUUUUUCUUAACUUUGCUCUUUGCAUCUCUGGUCUUCUGGCAAUGGGGUAUCCUCAUUAACACCUACCUCUCCUAUAACGUCACUUCAUCGCUCUCAAUUGGAUUUAAGACUAUGAAGUUCCCAGCAGUCACAGUCUGCAAUGCCAACCCUUUCAAAUACUCAGAAGUGAAGCAUCUCCUGAAAGAAUUGGACAAGCUCAUUGAGGCAGCUCUGGAAAGGAUCCUGCAGCCCGCGCAAGGGGACACCACCCUGCCGCUGCCGCUGAACAGCAGUGAGAACAUCUCCGAGACGCUGGACCUGAGGCUGUGGAACCAGAUACCUCUAGUCCUCAUUGACGAGCAUGACAGAGAUCACCCUGUCAUUGUGGAUGUCUUUGAGACCAACCAGACUGGCCCAGGCAACCAAACCGCUACUUUUCCUGUCCCGUCCAACAGAACGUCAGAAGAAAAAAAGUACAAACUGGCAGUGAAACUGUGCAGCCAUCAGGGCUCCAACGACUGCAUCUACAGGAACUUCACCAGCGCGGCGCAGGCGGUGACGGAGUGGUACAUUCUGCAGUCCACGAGCAUCCUCUCCAAAGUCCCGCUGCAGGAGAGAAUUAGGAUGGGCUACCAAGCGGAGGACAUGAUCCUCGCGUGUCUCUACGGGGCCGAACCCUGCAACUACAAGAAUUUCACCCAAAUCUAUCAUCCAGACCAUGGGAACUGCUACAUCUUUAACUGGGGCAUGGAUGAGGAGGCUUUGAAUUCUUCCAACCCUGGAGCUGAGUUUGGGCUGAAGUUAAUUCUGGACAUCAGCCAGCAAGACUAUAUCCCCUACCUGUCAUCAGCUGCUGGGGCUAGGCUAAUGCUGCAUCAACAGAAGAGUUUCCCAUUUCUUAAGGAUCAGGGCAUCUAUGCAAUGGCUGGGACGGAAACCUCUAUUGGCGUAUUAGUGGAUGAGCUGGAACGAAUGGGCUAUCCCUACAGUGACUGCACUAUGAAUGGGUCUGAUGUCCCAGUAAAAAACCUGUAUAGUGAAUAUAAUACUUCCUACUCCAUACAGGCUUGUCUGCGCUCUUGUUUCCAAAAUCGCAUGGUUGAAAACUGUGGAUGUGGUCACUAUAUGUUUCCUUUACCUGAAGGGGUAAAUUAUUGCAAUAAUGAAGAUAACCCAGGUUGGGCAUAUUGCUAUUCAUCACUAAGAUCAAGUAUAAGAGACAGACAGUUUUGUAUUGACUCUUGUAAGGAAACAUGCAAUGACACGCAAUAUAAAAUGACCAUCUCUAUGGCAGAUUGGCCGUCUGAAGCUUCAGAGGAUUGGAUUUUCCAUAUUUUGUCUUAUGAAAGGGAUCUGUCAACAAAUGUGACCCUGGACAGAAACGGAAUCAUCAAGCUGAACAUUUACUUCCAGGAGUACAACUACCGAACAAUCUCGGAGUCUGCUGCCACCACCAUCGUUUGGCUGCUGUCAAGCCUGGGAGGCCAGUUUGGGUUCUGGAUGGGGGGCUCCGUGCUGUGUCUCAUCGAGUUUGGAGAGAUCAUCAUCGACUCUCUGUGGAUCACCAUUAUCAACAUCAUCAGCUGGUGCAAGGGCCUGAAGCAGAAACGAGCCCAGGCCCGGUACCCAGAUGCACCUCCCACGGUGUCGGAGCUGGUGGAAGCUCACACGAACUUUGGGUUCCAGCAUGAAGACACCAGUCCCAUUCCCAGAAGUGAAAUGCAUCUCAGUGAGGUGCUGCCCCCGGAGCCUGGCACCCCCCCACCUAACUAUGACUCACUGCGUGUUCAGCCUCUGGAUGUCCUUGACUCGGAGAGCGAUGCAGAAGCUGAGUGAGCGCUGCACCCCGUUACCUCCUAAUGGCCGCUGAUGGCAGACCUGCUACCGCUGUGCUUCAUUAACUGAGCAAUGUUCUACUCUAUCAAAAACAGGAAGGAACUAAGAAGCUCUCACUAUCCUCCCCACCCCAACGUAAAGCAUUCACUGUGAAGAGGCUCUGUCUAAUAAACCUGUAAUAAAUCUCAUGGAGCCAG